AUGGAUCAAAAUUCAGAAGACCUUUUUUUUGAUUAUCAGUUUUGGAUGAGAAAACUUUGUUUAUGGGACCAGGUCUCCAUAUUAGAAAUCCAGCAAGAUACAUGUGCUCACCUUCCUCAGUUCCUGGACUUCCUGAGGAGACUAUAUGAUGCUUUGAAAGAGAUGAAUUCUAAUGCAAUUAUGGAAAGAUUCCCCACAAUUGGUCAACUGUUGGCAAAAUGUUGCUGGAAUCCUUUUAUUUUAGCUUAUGAUGAAAUCCAAAAAAUUCUAAUGUGGUGCUUAUGUUGUCUGAUUAACAAAGAACCACAGAAUUCUGGAGUACCAAAAUUCUGGAGUACCUGGAUUCGGAAUUUAUUAUGCCAGAUGCUUUCGGUGUUUAGAUUUAAUUUGCAAGAAUUGAGUCUUUUCUGUCAACGUCUUGGGUAUACAUCUGCAGGUUAUUACCCUGAUUUACUUAAAAAUAUGAUUUCAUCAUUAAUUUCUGAACUCAGAGAGAAUCACCUUAAUGGAUUUAAUACUCAAAGACGAAUGACUUCUCAACAAAUCACAUCCCUGUCAUGGGUUUGCUUGCCCCUGCUCACUCUUAAAGAUUUUGAGCCCCUGGUGGAGUCUCUGCUCAUCUACCAUGGACAUGAACCACAGGAAAUUCUCUGGCCUGAGUUCUUUGAAGCUGUAAAUGAAGCUGUUGUACUGAAGAAGAUUUCUCUGCCCACAUUGUAUACAGUCUGCCUCUGGCUUCGUCAUCUUCCCAGUCUUGAAAAAGCAAUGCUGCAUCUUUUUGAAAAGCUAGUCUCCAGUGAGAGAUAUUGUCUGCAGAGGAUGGAAUGCUUUAUAAAAGAUUCAUUGCUACCUCAAGCCGCCUGUCAUCCGGCCAUAUUCAGAAUCGUGGAUGAGAUGUUCAGGAAGUUGAAGUUUGCACUCAAGACCUACUUUCCUUAUGCAUCUCCAGCUCUUGUCAUGGAACUACUCCAGCAUCCUAAAGAUAUCCCACAAAGACUUUGGUGCCAGAAGUUGAAGCACAUUUCUGAAAUGCUCAGACCAGUAGUUGAAGGCCAGACCCAUGGAUCCUGUGGAGAUAUCUUUGAGAGCUGGUUUUUGUUCAUUCACUUUGGUGGAUGGGCUGAUAUUGCAAUUGAACAGUUGCUGAUGUCAGAAGCUGACCCAUCAGAGGCCCUGCUGUGGCUCCUAGCUUUUGCCUCCAGCCCUUAUGACCAGAGUCAACAGAGAGUACAAACCAUGGUGGAAGUGAAGGCAGUCCUGGAUCACCUUAUGAAGCUCUUCAGGAGCAGCUCUCUCUCUGGCCAGGAUUUGCAGGCCGUGGCUGGUGAGAACAGAGAGAUGGACCCCAGGCCACCUGCAUGUCAGCAGCUCAUCAGGCGCCUCCUCCUCAGCUUUGUGCUCUGGGCUCCUGGAGGCCAUACCAUUGCCAGGGCAGCCAUCACCUUUUGCUCCCUCCUCUCCAUAAGAAAGCAGUGGGAUUCCCAUAAGAAUGUGCCCAUGAAGCAUCCACAGUGCUCACCAAUGUGCAAACCAGGCUGUGUUAUCACAUGA